AUGCGUUUUGAAUUGGCUACUGUUGAAAAGAGGUUGCAACUGAAGUCAGUAACGUUCACUGGAAAUAGUGAUCUCACAUCGAAAAUUUACACCGGAGUCAGUAAUGAUCAUUCGGCAGAAACCUGGAGCAAAUUUUUAUCUACAUUUUCAAGUGAGAUGAAAAUGAAAAGAAUAAUAACAACGGAAGAAAAAACUCGAACAGUAUUUGUUGGAAAUGCGCCGUUGUCAAGCAAUAAAAAAGAAUUAGAAAAUUAUUUUCGCAGUUCGAUGCCGUUGAGAGUGUACGACUACAUUAUUUUACUGCUACCAUCGUUAGUGAUUAAUAGUUAUUUCACCAGAAACGGCGAGAAAUUUGGCAGGAAUUUGUUAAGAUUGAAUGGUUGUUGUGGAAAAAGGAAGUGCAGUUGCAAAACAGCAGUUUUUAUCUAUCUUAUGAUGUGUCCAAAAACGAGCUUAUUGCACAUUUUGAAACAGUUUUGUUUUUACAAUACUUACAAAUUUUUCAAAAAAGAUUCAUUAACGCUGGAAGGACUAGUAAUGGUAAAGGUUUUUGCUUUUGUGGUAUUCAAGGAGAAUGAAGCCGUGUCUUUUGCGUACGGCUUGAUGGAUCCAUCUUCAAAAAGUGUGUUAAAAGGGUGCAGAAGAAAAACAAGAUUGGUUACACGGAAGCGUAGACUAGCCAUUUUAUAA